AUUUUGUUUUACCAGAUUUGUGUUUUUGUAACGUUCCAUUUAUCGCAAAAAGAUGUCCGAAGAAAACGGAACUACGGAGGAUAUGUGGACUCCAUAUAAGGAAUUACAAAGUCUUGUGGAACGAUAUAUUACAUCUUCUCCAACAACUCAUGAUCUUCAGUAUCAUGAAUUUACAGAAGCUUUACGUAAUCAUAGGCAAAAUUUUUUGACACUUUUAAAAAAUCCUCCUCCAAAUGUGAAUAGUAGAGAAGAAAUAACAAAGGGAGCUACAGAUGGUAUUACACUUCCUGGUUUAGGAUAUCAGUUGUUAUCGAAAGAAUUGGUUAAUGAAACCCUUAUUAUAUCAGAUAUGUAUGAACUUAACGAAUUCAUGGCAUUGGAUCUUCUAUGCACUGCUCAAUUGCAAAUGCUUCAUCAUCCUGGUUUACCCAGAGGACUAACAGCUAUUUUAUUAUAUUAUGAUGGAAAGAAAGCACUUACAGGAACGUUAAGAAUGCUUAUACAAGCAAGAAUGGGACAUAGUUGGACAAUUGAUGCUCCAAUUGCUCUUCUAAGACAUAUUACAGAAUAUACAAAUAAAUUGCAAGAAGAUGGUUUAUUAGAUAGAAUUUUAUCAUUGUUAGAAAAAAUGGAUCCUGUGAAAGAACAAGAAUUAUUAGAAAAGAAUCGAGCAUUAGGUGGAUCAAAACAUCGAUAUAUGGUUAUGAAACUUUACAAUGAUUCUAGGCAGGAUUUAGCAGAUAUUUUGUAUUUGUGGUCUGCCCAAUCCUCAUUGCCCAAUCCAAUUUUAUUUCGUUUACUCUCUUUAUUACAAACAAAACAAAUGGAACCAGAAGCAUAUGAAAAAGGUUCAGAUAAGGUUACUCUUGCUAUUAUUAUGAGCAUAUUGAAUGCAAUCAAUUUUAGUUCAUUACAUAGCCGUGAAAAUGGUGAAGAAUUGAUCAAUUCUAUGCCAUUGAUUGCGGAAAAAGGAGCACAUGAAGAAUUACAUCAAAAAUUAAUAUCAACUAAUGUGAAUUGGGAAUGUGCUGGAUUACGUGGAAUUAUACAAUUUGCCUUUGCAGUUGCUCUUACAACAAUAAAAACUGCAGCUAACACACAGGUUUUAAAUAUUACCACUGAAGAUGAGAGAUUGUUGGAAGCAGCUUUAAUAAACAAAUGUUUUCAUUUUAUGGCUGAAAUAUUAUUUAAAAACAAAGGCAUAUAUUAUGAAGAAUUUUAUCUCCGUUAUUUUCACUCUCUUAUAUCCGAUUUUAUAUUGUUGAUGCCAUUGAAAGUUAAAGAUUUGCGAAGUCGAGCAGAUGAAUCUAUGCGUUUGAUCCAGGCAUACCAACAAGAGGGUAUUGAACCACCUUUAAAUUUAGAUAAUCAUUUUGAAUAUUUGAUGUUAACAGUGGCAGAAUUAUAUAAAAAGGAUCCUUUAAAACUGGAAUUAGUCAUGGAUUAUUGGUGUCACCACACUGAUUCAACACACGCUUCUGCUCCUGCAUACAUCAAUCGCUUACCAUCUAGGCAAGUUGCCCUUUUUAAAUUUGUCCGUCUCGCUGGUGAAAUAUUACCAGCAGGAUUAUUUGUGCCAUAUCUUAAAAUGAUCGCAUCUCUCGCAUCUUCUCCUCAAGCAGCACGACAAGCAUUCAAUUUUCUUAAGCCAAAUGGAUCUUCUGGAUCAACAACAAUUUCUUGGGAUCACUUUUUUAAAUCUUUAAGCCAAUACUAUGAUAAUCUUAGGAAAGAAUUGCCUCCAAAUCAAGAUACUGUUUACCGCCAAAGAAGCCAUCCCAAAGGCAUUACACCCGAAGAAGUUAAAGGUCUUGAAGCAGUAUUGUUGGUCGUCCAAGUGAUUGCAAAAAAUGAUGAAAUAUCCAGAAUAGCAAUAUGCGAUCAUCCAGGAUGGAAAGUAUUACCAUCUUUAAUUGGUUUAGUUAGUUGUGGAAUAUCGAUUCCAUUGAAAAGCGUUUUGAUACGAACACUUGCUGCGCUAGCAAAAUCACCCGAAAGUUCAUCCACUGUAUGGCAAAGUUUAGAGGCUGCACAAAUACUUUCAACUAUACCAACGAUAAGCAGCUAUCAACCAAGAGGAGUUCAAACUGAAUUGGAAGAAAUUGAGUCAAAAAAAGACGAAUAUCCAUUAACACGAGCAAUGUUAGCACUUUUAGACGUUCUCACCGAUUUUCCUGUAUUACGAUUAUUGGGAAUGGGACAGCGUAAUCCUGGCUUUGAUCCAUAUUUACAUUUUAUUAUUAACACUGUCUUUCUAAAGUUUCAUACGCGAUCGUACAAAAAUCCAGGAGAAAAAUGGAAAGUUGCAGAAGCUUGUUUAAAAAUAUUUUCAAAGCUUAUUAAGCAGUACGAGCCUGCUGUAGAAGAUUUCAUUGGAUGUAGAGUGGAACUUCAAAGUGGAGAAAUUACAAUGGUUAAUUCUGCUCCUGGUUAUCAUAUAAUGACUCAAUUACACUCAAAAUCUGAAUUACUUCAUGUUAUACUAUAUGUUCUUAAUAAAGGUUGCGCUAAUUUUGAUACUUAUGAAACGUUUCCUGGUAAAAAAAAUCUUGAAAAUGGCACUUUGUAUUGUUUAGAAAUAUUAGAAAGAGGAUUAAAAACGCAACAUAAUUACAUGGCCCAAUUAGCUGCUGCGAAAUCAAUACACAAAAUUUUAUCUGGGUUAUCAAGAUUACUUUUAGAGGUAGAUCCACAAUCAAAAAAGCCAGAUUAUAUGAUAAAUGUUGCUAAAUAUGUUUCUUAUAGUUCUUGGCUUCCACAGCAUGCAUUUCAUGCUGUCGGUGUUAUUCAUGAAGUGGCCAAUGAACCAGGAGCAGACUCUGAAUUACUUUCUACAUUUACAGCUACUCCAACUUUAGCCACGAAUAUCAGACACGGUUUUGUGGAAUGUUUAGAUGCGGAUAUAACUUUUGAUGAGGAUACUGAAAACGACAAGCAGUAUAUUGGUAGAUGUAAAGAACGAAUUUUACUUCUAAUGAUGCAAAGUAUUACACGACCUACGCCAAAUCUUUCUCACUAUCUAUUAAGAUUUGAGAUUACCAAAGAUAUCAGAAAAACUGUUCUGUUACAACCUGGUAUUCUAGGCAUUCCUCGAACAUGUAUGCAUUCAAUAUUAGGGAUUUUAGAACAGUCUCUUGAACGUGGUCGGGAUAAAAUAACAGAGGCCUGUUAUUGUUUCCUUCAUACAUUAGCUGCAAACAACAAAACAUCUGUUUCAGUAUUGAGAUUCUUACGAGCUAGUGUGAAUCAAGACUUUGUACAAAGACAUCUUUCAAAGUUACCAUUUGAGGGACAAAACAGAGCAACCGAACUUGGUUGUAUGUCGUGGUUAUUAAAGAUAGCUGCAAUUGAAUUACGAGUUGCUGGUGGAAGCUUGCAAAAUUCUUUGGUUCAGCGACUCGUUGGGAACUUCGGCCAAGAGAAAGGGCAAAUCGUACCGUCACAGAAACUUCUAAUGGAUCUUUUGCAUUAUAUCGAAUUUCAGCUUCAACUGGAAUCACCAUUAUCUCUAGAUUUCUUCGAUCCGUCACAAAUCGAAAUGGUUUUAGGACGAUGUAGUGUUCCAGUUGCAUUGAUAGGAGGUCCUCGACUUAUAGACAUCAGAAAAUUACAUUCUCUUAUCACAGAAGAAUUGACUGUUACGCAAAGUAGUGCAACCGCAACUCAACGUAAUCUUAUGCAACAGGAAGUCCAAAAAAUUCUAACAUAUGCUUUAAAAAGAAAUCAAACGAAGUUAUUGUCCUAUGCUACGGUGAAAUUCGUGGAAGGCUGGUGCCAAACGACAGAAAUAUUGUUUUGUGUUGCAACAAAUCAACAACUUCCUACACCACAGAAACAGAAUCUACUGUUAAAUCUGUCACAUGAUUUGUUACAAAAAAUGACGUCCUGCGAAGCCUUAAAUGAGAUUAAAACCUUAGUAUCUGGAACAAUUUUGAUGUUAUUGGUACAUUUACGAAAUAGUUUUAUUACGCAAAUGAACGGCGAGUCAUUUCCUUCGUCGCCCUCAAAUACAACGAUGAUGAAAAUCAUUCUGAGCCAUAUUUUGCAAUGGAUCUUGAAUGCAGGAGCUUCUUCACAAAAAGUAAUAACUCAUUUAUAUGCGGCGUUGUUAAACUUUCUCUGCGUUGUUGGUUUAGAGAAAUCAGAAAGUACUAAUAUCGUUGAUUUAAUGUAUAUAAGUCAAUUAGAUAGUUCAGUGAACAGAGUAAUGCCUGUACAGGAACGUUCCCAUCGAUACGCAACGAUACAAGUGAUAAAUAGUUUUGGAAAUAAAUUAAUGGAUAUUUUAUGCCACAGUUGCUCAGGCGGUCAUGAUGUUUGUAAAAUGUUAGCAUUAUCCUGCUUGGAUAAGAUCUUGGAAUUGGAUUAUGAUAAUGCAUGGAUCAUUUAUUUAACUAGUAGAGGAUAUUUGAAGCACAUGAUCGACAGUCUUUUAGAAUCUGAUAAUAUGUUGCGAUGUAUGUUACAACCAGAGCCUCAAACAUUAAGGCCACUUUAUUUAUAUGAAGCAAAAAUGGCAACAUUUUGCAGGAUGGCUUCUACAAGAUUAGGUGCCGAAAGUCUUUUAGAAAAUAAAGUUCUAUCAUGUAUGUCAAGUAUGAUUGUUUUUGAUCAUCAUCCCGACGUUCACGUAGAAUUUGAAGGUGGAGACUAUUCUUUCAUACCCUCCAUUGGUCAGCGCUACCAGCAAAUAUUUUUACCAGUUUUAUAUCUUUGCGAUGCAGUGCUUACUACCCUCGGAACAGAAAAUCAAUCGUGUGCCAUACAAGUUUGUGGCUUUCUACAAAGCCAUCGAGAUACUGUCGAGAUGAUAUUACGAAACGCCUUUCCGAAAGCAAAUACACUUUUUUUGAAAGAAAUAGCUUGUCUUACAGGUGUGAUAUCUCGAUCCGCAAACAUCGAUAUGUAUAAAUUGGUAGACGAAGAAUUGGCUAAACUUGAUUUCGAUGACUAUAAAUUAGAAGAUGUUAGUGGCAUAAGAGAACUUCGUGCACAUCUUUAUCGAUUACAAAGAUUAAUGUUGUCAUUAUUGUAUAAAUUCCAAUUACAGCCAGCCCCUGUUCGUUUAAGCCAUGAGCAAACAGUAGCAAAUCAGCAACAUAUUUCUUGCGUACAAAUAGUUGCAAAUAUUAUGCUGUAUACUCGAAAUCAAAUGCAACAUAGUAGAAUGGAUCAAAAAAUAAGGAAUAUACUGUUCGAGCCUCAUUUGACACCAAGACCAGGAGGAAGAGAAGAUAAAAUGAAAGACACAUCGGGUGGAGUACAUUUAGGAGUAAUUGUUGAUCAACUUGUGUCUGUUACGAGUUUAUUGCACACUGAAUUACCUCACAUUGAUACUCUCAUUAAAAAAUCAGCGAUAGUAGGGGAAAUGAGUACAGCCGAAUUAAAAGAAUAUAUGUCCGAAGAGGAAGCGGAACUUGACGUGCAAAAGCAACGAGUAAUAGUAGAACAGCGAUUAAAUCGCUGGAUUAAAGAAAAACGUCAAACUAUAAAAUAUUGUUCUUUAAUAAUAGAACACGCUUUGUAUAUUCUUUGGAGUCAUUUGGAUUUUUAUAUGAUACAAGUGAUAUCAAGACAUAGUCGAAUGCAAGUUUCUUCAGGAGGUAUAGAUGAAGAUAUGGUGGCAUGGAAAAUAUCAUCAGAGACAUUAAUGGAGUUAAAACAAGGUUUUGUUUCUACAUUUACAGAUAGCUUUAUUACACAAUUGUUAGAUACACAUAAUGAAUAUGCAACGGUGGAUCUUAGUUUCAUCGAAGCUCUUGUCCGAAGAAUUAAAAGGCUAUUACAGUUUAUCAUUGUACAGUAAU